AUGGCGAACAAGUACACGAUUGGUUGGAUAUGUGCCGUUGUAACAGAACAUGUUGCGGCUCGAGCUCUUUUGGAUCAGAUUCACGACGGACCAGACACCCAAGCCCCAAAUGACAACAAUACCUACACCUUGGGAGAGAUAGGAAUGCAUAAUGUUGUCAUCGCCGUACUGCCAGAUGGAGAGUAUGGAACAUCUUCUGCCGCCAGCGUUGCCAAAGACAUGCUGCGCACUUUCACGAACAUUAGAAUCGCCUUGAUGGUAGGCAUCGGUGGUGGCGCCCCGAGCGCAGUAAAUGACAUACGUCUUGGUGACAUAGUCGUCAGCUCCCCGAGGAAUGGGGUAGGUGGUGUAAUCCAAUACGACUUUGGGAAGGCGAUCCAAGGCCAGGGCUUUUGUCGAACAGGCAUCUUGAACCAACCUCCUGCCCUCGUACGAACGGCAGUCACCGCGCUCAGAGCAGAGUAUAUUAGUGACGGUCACAAUCUUCAGGACGUUAUUAGCUCAGUCCUCGAGAAGAAACCAAGACUUAGAAAAGCAUACGCCCAACCUGACCUAAAUUCCGACAUACUAUAUGGUCCUGCAUAUCUUCAUCAUGAUGGAACAUGCUGUACAGUGGAUGAUGUCAAUGAUGAAUCUAAGGUCAUCAUACGGCCGCCUAGAGACGAGGACGACGAUACGUUGGUAAUCCACUACGGGCUUAUAGCUUCAGGCAAUGCAUUGAUGAAAGAUGCUUCAAUCAGAGAUAAAGUCGCAGCAGAGACUAGUGUUCUGUGCUUUGAAAUGGAAGCAGCAGGGCUGAUGAACCAGUGCCCAUUUCUUGUUAUUCGGGGUAUAUGCGACUACUCUGACACACAUAAGAAUAAAUCAUGGCAGGGUUACGCGGCAAUGGCGGCGGCGGCAUACGCAAGAGCACUGCUACAUCGUAUACCCGCCAGCAAGGUAGAUUCUGAAAGCAGAAUCACAGAGAUGGUGCUGGAAUCUGUCUCCAGAACCGAAAAAGACAUACAGAAACUGACAGCCACUGCCCACCGAAAAGAAGUUGAAGAUAUCCUUGAAUGGUUAACACCAAUCAACUAUGGGCCACUCCAGAGCGACAUCAUUAAACUUCGACAACCCGGAACAGGCCAGUGGUUUCUUGAUACCGAUGAGUACCGGAUGUGGGCGAGCGGCAACGGCCGCACAUUGUAUUGUCCGGGCAUUCCAGGAGCAGGAAAGACAAUGAUUGCCUCCAUAGUAGUUGACGAUAUUCUGCGUAUAUACCGGAACGAUCCUUCCCUGGGCGUUGCCUUCAUAUUCUGCAAUUUUCAGCGCAACGAGCAACAAACAACGGAGAUGCUACUGUGUAGUCUCCUCAAACAGCUGGCGGGAUUGCUUCCCACCCCUCCCCAGCGGCUGGCUGAGCUUUACCACACCCAUCGAAAAUUAAGGACAAGGCCCUCAGCGCUAGAGUUAUCUGAACUGGUCCGGAUCGUACUUGGAGCUUUUUCUCGUACAUUUGUCAUUGUUGACGCUUUGGAUGAAUGCCAAAAUUCAGAUGUCUCUCGAAGUCGAUUCCUGAAUGCAAUCUUUGAUAUGCAGGCCUCGAAAGGAGUCAAUAUUUUCUUGACAUCUCGUAUUAUUCCAGAUAUCGAAAAGGAUUUGCGUGAACAUAGAGGCGCUUUAAAGCUCGAGAUUGUUGCUGAACAAGACGACAUGCAAAAAUAUAUACGUGGGCGCAUAUCAGAACUGCCGCAAUUCAUAAUAAGCGAGCCGACUCUACGAGACGAAGUUAUCAUGGGGAUUUCUUCGUCUGUCAAGGGAAUGUUUCUUCUCGCAAAACUUCAGCUUGACUCGCUCAAGGAGACGACAUCGAUCAGAGACGUCCGCUCGCCAAUAGAAUGUAUAUCCACGAAUGAACUAGGACCUUAUAACAGCGCCUACGAGGACGCUCUACAGAGAAUCGAAAACCAGUCUCCUCAGAUGUCAGAUUUGGCAAAGCGAGUCAUUUUAUGGAUCACGCACUCGCUAAGCCAGCUUUCAGAGACUGAGAUACGAUAUGCUCUAUCAAUUAGACCAGACAGUCUUUCCUUUGACAAAGACGACGUAGUGCAAAUCGACUUUGUUUCCAUUUGUGCCGGGCUGGUGGUAGUAGAUGUGAACAGUAGCGUUAUACGCCUUGUUCAUUCCACCGCCCAUGAGUUUUUCAAACGAAUGGCAGCAAACCACUUCAGCCAAGGGCACAACAUUCUCGCGAAUGCAUGUCUUACAUACCUCUCAUAUGAGGAGUUUGAGGAUGAAUUAUCGCCUGACAACGCGAGCUAUCAGAGGUGGUUACAGUCAAACCCACUAUAUAAAUACGCCGCCACAGAGUGGGGAUCUCAUGUUCUACUAUCAGAGAACCAGACUCGGAAAGCUCUUAGCUCUACUGAAGAGAGGGCAUUGCAGUUCCUUAGAAAUCAGAAUCUGGUUAAAUCUGCUGGCCACACACUCAUGAUACACGCUUUUUCCAUAGGUUCAGAUGAUCAUGCACAGCUGAUUAAUGCACCUACAAGGCCGAGCGCAUUACACAUCGCGGCCUAUUUCGGGCUUGAGAAGCUGCUAUCUGAAAUACUUAAAGACUAUACAACCCAGGAAAUAAACCCCGAUGACGAGACAGAAAUUUCUCGGAUAGCAAACAUGGACCAAGCCGCUAUCAAGCCAGGUCUGGUUUACAGACCCCGACCUCUGGACGUUACUGAUCAACUUGGCCGAACGCCGCUCUUCUGGGCAUCCCUGACGCAUAAAGAGGGUGUCAUGCGGCUUCUUGUCGGACUGGGAGCAUCACUGGAAGCUCAUGAUAAAGGCGGCAAUACUUCACUUCAUGUUGCAACGGUACAGCAAAGGCAUAAUACUAUAAGGCUUCUUGUCGAAUUGGGGGCAUCACUGGAAGCUGUUGGUGAGUAUGGCAGUACUCCUCUCAUUCUUGCAACGAUAGGGCAGAGACAUGAUACUAUAAGGCUUCUUGUUGAGCUCGAAGCCUCCCUGGAAGCUCGUGAUAAAUAUGGCUGUACUCCUCUCUUUCUUGCAACGAUAGGGCAGAGACAUGAUACUACAAGGCUUCUUGUUGAGCUCGGGGCCUUAAUUGAUGCUCCUUAUAAGGCCGGCAGCACAGCCCUUCAUUUGGCAGCAGUUAAUGGUCAAGAAACCCUAGUACAGCUUCUCGUUGAACUCGGUGCUUCAAUUGAUGCUCCUGAUGAGGCCGGCAGGACAGCCCUUCAUUUUGCAGUAGCUAAUGGUCAAGAAAACCCAGUACAGCUUCUUGUUGAACUGGGUGCUUCAAUUGAUGCUCCUGAUGAGGCCGGCAGGACAGCCCUUCAUUUUGCAGCAGUUACAGGUCAAGAAACCCUAGUACAGCUUCUCAUUGAACUGGGCGCUUCAAUUGAUGCUCAUGAUAAAGACGGAGACACUCCAAUUGACUAUGCCAAAAGAAAAGGCUAUCGUGAAAUUGCCCAAAAGCUCGCGUCUCCUGCGUCCUUCUCGUGGGGUACCUAG